AGCUUUACUUUACGCGAUCGGCUGCCUCUGACGUCUGAACCAGCCAGGCGGGCUACUGCAGCGAGGUGCUCGUAUCUGACGACCAGACGAUCACAUCUUUACACUCAGUACGACCAUCAGCGAAUCAUAGGUCAAGAUGCCGACCUCGUUUGCAUCGCUCGCCUCGAGCUUCCCCACACCAAGUCCCAUGCCGGAUGCGGAGUCGAACGCCCAAGCCAAUGAGGAAGCCUUCAGUCAAUGGGAGCAGGCCGCCGGCUGGGGUCCAGACCCUACAGGAACAACUGUCGUCGCGGUAGAAGGCGGCUUCCAGACAAUCCCGCUUUACCCCUCAACGACCGCUUCGACCACCUCGUCCUACGGUGCGACUUCAACAGCUGUUACAUCAAUGUCUGCCGAUAAUGCAAAGGCCGGCUUGAGCGAGGGGGCCAAGAUAGGCAUUGGACUCGGCGUCGGUCUUGCCGCCCUAUUCUUCAUUGGCGCUGUGACGGGCAUUAUGAUCUCGAGGAAGAGACAGCGUGCAAGCUUCGCACGACGUACCGAGCGACUGCAAGUGCGACAGAUGCAGCAGCCCUCUUCCGGCUCCGUAAUUGUAUGA